UAGAUAGCUAACGUUGGUGGUCGGUCCCGUGGGCAGCAGUCAUAGUUAAUUUACAUAGCUAGCUAUUUCUUUGUUUAAUCGAUAUUUUAAAAGCAACUUGAAUAGUGUUGGACUAUGCACAAUGGCAGCCAAAGGACGUUGGCUAGCUAACGUUAGCAAUCGAUUACAUCUGGACGGUGUUCAUGUGUGGCCAUGUCAGGAAUCGCUCUCAGUAGACUGUCGCAAGAGCGCAAAGCCUGGAGAAAAGACCACCCAUUUGGUUUUGUUGCUGUUCCCACCAAGAACCCUGAUGGCACUCUCAACCUCAUGAACUGGGAAUGUGCUAUUCCAGGGAAAAAGGGGACCCUUUGGGAAGGAGGCCAGUAUAAACUGAGGAUGCUGUUUAAAGAUGACUACCCAUCCUCUCCUCCAAAAUGCAAGUUUGAACCACCCAUCUUUCACCCAAAUGUCUACCCGUCUGGCACCGUCUGUCUGUCCAUCCUGGAGGAAGAUAAGGACUGGAGGCCGGCCAUCACCAUCAAGCAGAUCUUGUUGGGUAUCCAGGAGCUUCUUAAUGAACCCAACAUACAGGAUCCUGCCCAAGCAGAAGCUUACACAAUAUACUGUCAAAACAGAAUGGACUACGAGAAGAGGGUGAGGGCACAAGCCAAAAAGUUUGCCCCUACAUAGGGCUGUGUGACCUCUGACCUUUGAGUUCAAACUACAGUACUGGAAAAGCCCUUGACAGACAAGGAGACAAGUGCAACUGAAGACUGAAAGACGAAGGAACAUUGUGGAGGGGGGACAGCACAGGGCACAUGUACAUGUGUAUAUAUAUAUAAAUAUGGAGAGUUAUAGACAUUUUAUUUUAUUGUUUUAGCAAUUUAAUGUGUCUUCAUAAUUAUAAAAUUGUGUGAAUUCUAAAAUUAAAGACUAUUAAAAAAUA